UUUCUUCAUUCACUUCCAGCCCGCACUUUAAGGGCCGAAAACUCGGAAAGCCAAUUGAGCGAAGCUGGCGAAAAAUAAUGUGAAAUAAACCUUCAAACUUAAUGAUACAUUUGCGGUUUGGCAGUAACGGCGGUUUACAUCGAAUAUUACAAAUCUCAACACAAAUUAUGCGAACAUCAGCAUCAGUCGACAUAAUGGAGCUCACUGGUAGUAAAAAUGCAAUAGUAUUGGAGUGUUGAUCGAUCGACUUGACUGUUUGGAAUAUUGGACGUGAUCGCAGGGAAAAACCGUGCGUGAACUUCAUACUUCCUUACACUCGAGAAGCGACAAUUGAAAUAGACCUUAUUCCGACGUCACGGUUUCUGUGCAUUUCUACGGCGUGGAUCGUGUCGCGCAUUGUCAUGCCGAGCGGUACAACGCGACAUGCGUACCAUCUGAUCGCUUCGAAGCUGCAGAUCAGCGCCUGAUCCAGUGAGUGGUUGGCGUACAAAGAAGUCAGAAGUGGAAGCACAAGAAGAUUAAGAAAUCAAAGCCGACGAAAGUGAGAUAAAAAAUAAAGGUCUGGGCACAUAACCUUGUAUGAUCACGACGUUCGAAAAAGUUUUGCAUCGAGAAGAAAAGAAGCGGAAGGAAAAGAUUGAUGAUAAAAAGAAUAAUAAAAAUGAAGGCGAUGAUUAUGAUUGAAUGUCAUGCAAAGAAGUGAAGUGAAAUGAAAUAAUCAGCGCAGUCAAAUGUGUCUGAUUAGUGAGUGAUAGGAGCGAACGGAGCUAAUUCGAAGCACGAAGUAAAAAAAAUUGCGACAACGGAACGAACUUCAAACUGACAAUUGGGAAAGCCUGUUUCCUAAAGAGGAAACAAUCGAAUCAGCUGCCAGUUUCUGUGUGUGGCACAGGAAAGAUUAUGCUAUCGAGAUGUCACUACUAUCGAAAUCGUCCAUCGACAACUGCAGAGGUGAUGAAUACUGUAUUGAACAAUGGUUAGUGGAAUACAGCAGCUAAUAAAAUGCAUCACGUAGAGCACCUAGAUUUGAAUGCAACAUGACCGAUCAAUUCAAUCCACGAGAUGUGUCACGGAAUAUGAAAGCACUGCCCCCGAACUGCCAAAAAUUGACAGAUGGAGGGCAACAACCAUGGAACAGAGCAAUACCAGAAUCCGAUUACAUUCAACUUGGAACAUUGCGCUACGGAGUGCGCCGGUCGAAUACGAACUUAUCGAAUCUCAGUGCUGGUGGUGAUGCAGUUCGCCACGGUGGCAAUAGUAGCGUCCAAAAUGCUAGAACCUCUGUCAAUUCAUUCGACAACAACACUAACGGCAGUAGCAUUGUGAGUGCAGAUGGCAACAGUAGUAGUAGCAGCAGUGCUGCAAACCAGAGCUGCUGUUGUGUUGGUACCGGCACGAUUGGGAUGCCAUGGAAUAAUAGUUACGCUCGUUCUCGGCUACCUUUGCCGAAUAGUUUAGCUAAGAAUAGAAAAUCGUCGCCCUCAACAUCAGCAUCAUCAUCCUCGUCGUCAUUCAUUCAUCAGCAGUUGCAUCUUGCUCAGAGGCAAAUUAGUACACAGCAAGAUAUCAAAGGAGCACUGCAGUACAAUAACGGAUCGGCAGCAUCAGUUUUCCCGAAAAAUUACAAUAGUAAUAAUAAAAAAAGCAAUGAUAGUGCUGAAAUUGUUGAUAAACAUAAACCGAAUCGUGAGGCGGCGCCAGCUACUUUCUCAACUGUUUGUUGUUACAGUAACCGAUUCGGCACUCCUUCUAAUAAGAAUGCUAAAAAUAACAACUUAAUUAAGGUGAGCAACAAGUACUCCGACGGGAAAACGCUGAAAAUAGUGAACAACGAAGGUGAACACAAGGAUUUACCAACAGACAGUGAGAAUGGAAAUGAUUUAAGUUGCAAAUAUUCAUCAAGUUUAAACGGAAAAUUGUCGGGAAAAUUUGAAUAUGGUACAGUGAACAGCGCUCAAGAGAACAGUGUAUUGGCUACUCUGAUAUGCAGAAAAGAUGUUGUUAGUAGCAGUGAAGGCAGGAAGAAGAUACGUGUUGAUGGUGAUGAUUUAAAUUUAAAUUCUAGAAACGUGCCACAGUUAAAGGAACCAUGGCCCAAAGUAGUGAACAUAAGAAAUAUUAACGCAAAUAAUGUACCAAGUUCUAGUGUAAGUGGAACAAGGAUUAUUAAUACACAUGAAACUAGGGAAAACCCAACUACAAACAGUGCUGAAGCAGGCGCGGAUGAGUUUUCCUCGUCUUCGUCGUUAUCACCUCCAUUACCGUUACCAUCACCAAUACUAGCGGAAUCGCGGUUGGUUGAAGAUUACAUCAAACUAACGCCACCUUGUUCGCCGAUUCCGUCACAUAGCUGCUCAUUUGUUAGUGAUCUUUCCCAGAACAUCAAAUCCACGCCACAAACAACAACUUUUAAUUCGAGCUCCUACUCACCGUCACUUAGUCCUAGAGCGCCCGAAACUUUACGCCAUAUUAUAAACGAAUCAACCGAGCGUGAUAUAGACAAAAAAUCCAUUAUAAAUAGACUAACAAGCAUUCGCGACGAAUCAGAAAACAGCACGGAUUGCAAACAAAAUGUCGAUUGGAAUCCAACAUACGAAAACGAUAUUACGCUACACAAAUUUAUGGGACAUCGAAAAAGUUCACUUCCUAUAAUUAAUCAUGCAGAUGUCACACGUUCACAGCGGCACCGAAAACUUUCCUCAGAUAUUAUUAGUACCACGGGAAAUGGUCGCUCAGACGGACCAGAUUCAUCUGUGGUCAUCUGUCAUCUUACGCCAAAAUUACCUCAUAGGGUAUCUACGGUGGACCAUUCAAAUGCUGAAACUCGUUUACAGUCAUUGAACCGUUACUGUGCACAGAAUUUGAAUCUUACUGCAAACACAACGGAAUCGGAGGAAUUCAGUUUCAUCGAUUCUUCCGACAUUUCAUCGACCGGAGAAGAUGUUAUAACUGUGAUUAACGAAGAAGAUUAUCGUGAAUAUCAAAAAUUUUACUCGAUGCCAAAAAGUGGUAGUGCUCUGGUGAAUGAUUCUUGUCAAAGUGGUGGUGUUAGUACUCAAAUUCCCGAAUGUUACGGUGCUUGCUCCUCCGAUGAGUUGAGUAGUGUAUGUAGUGGAAGUGACACGGUUGCUGCAACAGUAGCAAACGAAUGUAUAGAAGAAACCAAACGGAAUUUUCAUACGAUCAAGUACAGAAAGUGCAAUGUAGCAGAUUUUCCACCCAGUACCGGCUGUGAUGGAAAGCAAGGGAUUUCCAACACACAUGCGGAUGACACUGAACCAAAUGUCAUCAUUAGUGCCCAAAGUGAUAGCAAUAACAACCAACAUACCGUCAGCAUUGGAAAGGAGCAAACCAUAUCUAAUUUUAGCAAUAGGAGUAGCGAAACAAACACGAUCUCAAACGGCCGGUCCCCGUCGUUAAACAGAUUCAACGACAUAUCGCCGGAUAAUUCUUCUAGUAGUUUAAAUUGCUUCGGAAAGAAUCAGCUAUAUGCUAAGACAUUGCCGGAAAAGCCGAUGAUGGAAAAACGCAGCAAUACGCUGGAUCGACUGCAAAAAUUAGUGAAAAAAACUACUUCCGCAUCUAAUGAGAAAUCUAGUGACAAGCACGGAGGUACGAAAACUGAACGACUGCGAGAACUAACCGAAUUGUUGAAAGGAACCAGAGCACCUCCAGUACCACCACCACGCAGGCCUAAACAUCUACUAAGUAUUGAUAAAACACUUGAGCGACAAAAUACUGCAACUUCCACAAGAAGCCUUCUGAAUAUAAAUACACUUCACAGUGAAGAGGGCAAGAGUCGUUUGAAGAAAACUAAAGAGUCUCGAUCGAUAGAUAUUCCUUACCAAUUUGCUGACAGUAAUCGAUCAUCUACUCCAAGUUCUCCGAUAAGUGAGCAUAAACCUAAUCUUCGAGCCAAUGUGAGCACAUCGAACUUAGAAUGUUUGAAAAGCAACACCAGCAAAGAUGCUAACAGUGAUGAGGUCAAUCCCGAAACCUCAUCCAAAGAAGAUACUGAGAUUUGUACUAAGUUACCAAGGCCAGAAUCACGAACGAUUGUAGGAUCAUACACGCAAAAAACUAUUCCUUUUAGGAGUGCCUCAUUUUCACAAGUAGAUUAUUCAUCUGGAAAGUACAUCCGGUCUGCUUUGGGAGCUAUUAAAAAUAGUUUAAUGCGUGGAAAGGACUGCUCAGUCAUGGACAAUGCCGUGCAACCACGUGACAAUAAAAUGGAAUUUACGCGAAGUUGUAGUCCCGCUCAGCUUUCAUCGAAUUCCGAAUCUGAACACGUGCUAGAAGAGGACGAAAUACCAAGAAUAAUAAUCAAAAAAACUGAGCUCAACAUCAACCUAACUCCACCAGACGGUUUCGAGAGGAUUUGCAGUUCAGAUGGGAGAGAGUUGUCGUCUAAUAGAAAUUCCGACAUAGAAACUAUUGUCGAAGAUCCUGAAGCGGAACACAUUGAAACUAUCGAAAAUGAAGACAGUUUACAGCAGAAAGCAGAAAUCAAUGUCAACCAAGCAUCAGAAAUGAUUCUGGAACCAUUAGUCGAAGAAGGCAUUCCAAUAACACCUCGAUCGUUAGCUAAAGAUGAGGAGUGCUUGCAACAGGCAACUACUUGCUUAAUACCGGUGCCAGUAUACGAUUGUGUCGUAAGUGAAUGGAGUACUGCACGUCCAUCUGAGCAGUGGAUAGAUGCAACCGCAACAGAAUGCACUAAGCUAACGGAUUGUACGGACAGUAUUACAGAAGCAAGUGAAAAUGGGGUAGAGUUCUGCGAAUCGCUUGUCAGUAUUAUGAGUGAGUUGCCUGUUGAAAACCCACCAGAAUCAAACAUUGCAUUAACUGAGCGCCCAGAAAAUGUUACAGGAAACACGUACGAAGAAUCUCAAAAUAACACGGAAAUCCAAGUAGAAGAAGAGAACGAAUCUAUCAUUGUCACCCCUCCUGUGUCUAUAGUGUACACAGAACCAGACAGCUUAGUAAGCACAGCCAUAAUCGGAGCACCUUCAACACCUGAUGAAUUCUCAAUCAGAUUAGAGUCAACGGGGAUCGUUGAGGUGAGGAAGCGCCAUAGUAAUAAUGAAGAAAAUGGAGAAGCGUUGAGUAGUUGCAACAGUGAAAUCGAAGAAAAACGAAGAAUAGAUAAAUCUAAGAGAAGAAAAGGAAUUUAUAUACAGUGGCCAGCAAUCGACACAAACAUUGAUCCUGAAUCAGAUUCCAAUGAUAAUUGCACACCGGAUGAUAGCUGGCGUCCAGAUAAAUUGACAAUUGAAAAAGAUUCCAGCUUAGAUUUAAGUGGUGAAAGUUUUACUGAUCUCAGUUCUAAAGACAUAACUUCAUCACCUGAGAAAACCAAAGAAACCGAUCUCCUUCAUCACACUGAACCAAGCUUAAUGGACCUUAACACGCCAGACUCGGAUAUUGGUAAACCAGCUUGGCCCAAGGUAUCUCGUCGGAAAAGUUUAACCUAUCAAAGUUCAGACGAGAAGGACGAUUCGGCGCAGCUGACCUCGAUUCCUGUGCGUUCAUUCCGCAAUCUGUUUUUGCGCUCGGACUCAGUAUCCGACAACGAAAGCGAACGUGCUUCGUCGAGAGAUCGUGCAAGUGCAUCUCCAGCUCCAACCAGUGAGUACGAUCUGAAACGGUACUCUAAAAGGCCACUUCGAGGUCCAUAUGGUCAGAUGCUGGAGGCGGAAAUGAAAAAGCCUUCCAAAGUACACUACAAUGAAAUAUUGGAAGAACUAAGUAAGCAUGAAAGCUCGCACUCAUUCCCAUCGUUCAGCAGAAAUAGAGGUGGCGGCAGUCAAUCAAUGGAUGAAACCAACGAUCGUCACACCAGCAAGCUUUUCAAACCGCGUAAGGCGAAUGCAAACCUCCCGCUUCCGGCACAUAGCAGAACAGCUUCUAGUCCAUCCAAACUUGCGGAACUGGGCAAUGUUGAAAAUACCCCGACAGGAACUCCUAAACGGCAUCUCGGCAACAUCGAACAGAAAAGCACUGACUCUGACAGGUCGGAAAAAUCUACCAGCAAAUUGGAAACCAAGAAGUUCUCCCUGGAUAGUCACUUAUCUGAUAAGACUACCAGUCACGAAAAACACAACAAACGGAGCUCUUCGAGUGGUAACGAUAAGCAUCAAAAAAGAAGCCUAGAUGAUACCAGAUACUCUCAGUCAAGUCGAACCCCAUCCGAGCGAAGUUUUGUCCUAAACACACCGGAUCCACCGAAGGGAUUAGUAGCAUCUCCAGAGUUGCUGGCCGAACUGCUCAAAGGGUCAAGUGAGAAACUUGUAACAGAACAACUAUCGGGUGGCACCAGUCCAAACAACGCCAGUAACGCGCUUCCAACUGCUGUGCUCAAGUGUCUGGAUACAAGGACUCACGUUGUAGUAGAACUAUUCAAUACGGAAAAGUCGUACGUAGAAUCAUUACAAACAAUAGUAUUGAAAUAUUUGAAUCAACUCAAAUCAUCCGAAAACGCCGGAUUAGUCGAUACUCAUACGGUAGAUGAAAUAUUCUAUAUGGUGCCGGCCAUUCUAAAUAUCCACGAACGAUUCCUCGAAGAACUACGACGGCGCUUGGAUGCUUGGGAUCCGCUGCAGAAAAUUGGGGACGCAUUUGUAGAUGUAUUUUCAAGGCCUGUAAUACUGGAUACGUAUACGUCUUUUGUGAACAACUGGAAUCGUGCUAAAGAUGCGAUACGCACUACCAGACAAAAAUGCCCAGCCUUUGCGCGGUUUCUAGAAGCCAUGGCCCGGGAACACAAAGGCAAAUUAUCACUAGAUAAUUUGCUUAUUAAACCUGUUCAAAAAUUUCCGAACUACGAGUUGAUAUUAUCAAGACUGAUUAAACACACCGAUAUUGAUCAUCCGGAUCAGAAGCUGUUGCAAGAAGCUUUAAAGUUGGUGCACGAUAUUCUGGUGUUUCUCAAUUGCAAAGAAAAGGAAGCCUUGGAAAACGGCCAACGUGAGACUGCAUUACGCGAGUUAGAGGGUGUAAUCGAAGGCAUAAGCGAUCUGGUAACGUCGGACCGAGCCUUCCUGCUAUUUGAUCUCGUCUCGAUGCCUUCCGGUCAAGCGACUCGCAAGGAACGGGGUUUCUUUCUGUUCAACGACUUGUUAGUCAUUACCAGUAUUAAACGACGCAGUGGAACAAUUAGAAAAAAUAAUAUGACGUGUCCAGGAAGCAUUGCGUCAACCUUGGACACUAAUAAAUAUAAGUUUUUGACUAAAAUUUCACUGGAUGAUCUGGAGAUUGUUAAAUCCAAGGAUGAGAAUAUAAGGCGAAUAAUGAAGGAAAUAGAACAUCUGUCAGAGGACUCUAAUAAAUUGUCCCAAAUGUCAGAGUUAGCUUCCUGCUUAAGAUGUCCCCACCAGUUGCUCGAAGAAUCCAUUAGAGAUUUGCAGCGAGAAGUACAACGCCAGCUGUCCGAGCGACAGACCAAUGAUGCUCAACUAAAUAUUUUGGAAUUGACGCUGAAGUCAUCAAAUGGUAUUCAAAAUAUGACGGUGGUGUUUGCUAAACCCGACAAAAGAGCUCAAUGGGAGCAAGCAUUUACAGAAGCAAAACAAAAACUUGCCAGCAGCGUCGAACGAUGUCAAAUUCCAGAAUUCCUCGUAUCAGUGCCAAUAAGAAAAACCCGAGCUGGCCUUCAAUUCACUUGUGCCUCUCCUACACUCGGCAUUCAGCGUGAUGUCUGGGUGUGUAACAGCGACGGAUACGUCGGGCAAGUUUGCGUACUUAGUUUGGUACCGGAACCGACUGUCACUAGUUGUAAUGGCGUUUGCAACGCCAGAAUACUCUGCGUUGCAUCCGUUCCUGCAUCCGAUGAUAGAUUUUCUAGUCAUACAGCCACCAGUGUCACCAUUUCUGUCCAGGAACCGACGGCUUCGAUAGCCAGUACAAUUAAUUCGAUAGUCAAUUCAGCUUCCAAACCGAGAGAUAAGCGUUGUUCGAAGCCUGCUGAUGAUACAGUGCUUAGUGAGAAAAAUUCCGGUAACAUACAGCUUGAUUCGGAAAGUUCGAGUGAAGACUCGGAGACGGAAAGUCAGCUAGACCGUUCGAUUAGCCCUCCAGGAGCCACUGCCAUGUCCGAACAGACCCAGUCCCCUAUCGUACAUCGACACCAAGAGUCGAACUCUGAAGAGGCCGACGUACAACAAUCCACAAUGUGGCUUGGUACAGAAGACGGAUGCAUUCACGUGUACAACUGUACCGAUAAUAUUCGGAUAAAGAAAAAUAAGAUUAAGAUUCCUCAUAUUAGUGCAGUCUACUCAAUUUUAUACUUGAGUAACAAAGUUUUUGUUUCGUUAGCCAAUGGUGAUAUUUGUGUUUAUACGAGGGAUAACAAUGGUUGGAACACAGCAACGCCCCUCACAGUAUCUAUAGGAACUGUUACAAAUCCGGUAAGCAAGUUAUUGAGUGUCCAGGGCAAACUAUGGUGUGCGAUUCAAGGAUGUAUUAAAGUACUGAAUACAACAACUAUACAGGUUGAUAGUCACAUACAAAUCUCAACAGAUUCUAAACCAGUCACAAAUAUGGCUGCACUAAAUGACUAUGUCUGGAUAUCGGUACAAAACUCGGCACUGAUUAAGUGUUGCCACCAUGAUAGCUUUGAAAUAAUUUUUGAGGUCAAUUUAGCCCCUUCUGUUAAUAAAAUGCUGUCCAACUGUGAUGACAUCAUCCGGCAGCAUAAAGCGGCGUGUCUCCGGGUAACAUCCCUUCUGGCAUGUAAGGAUUUAAUUUGGGUAGGAACAAGUGCUGGUGUUUUGCUCACAAUCGCAGCUUCAAAUAUUUGCAAAGGAUCGCCUCUUCCCGCCGUGACAGGAAUACCCCACGGUCACACGGGGCACGUUCGAUUUUUGACAGCUGUUGAGUCACCAGAUAGCGCAGAUUUCCACAAGAUGAACCAUAGAAAAUCGAACCCAGUAAACAAUAAACCAAAUCCUAAUUUGUUAGUCAUAUCUGGUGGGGAUGGUUACGAGGAUUUCAGAAGCACUGGCAACAACACUAUGAGCGAAAUUGCUGGACGGGAAGAUAGUACUAACCAUCUUCUCCUAUGGCAAGUCUAAUGCUGCAGGAAUCUUGUUUGCUUUUACCAUCUAGAAAAUAUAAGUUACAAGAUAUUGAUGGAACCAAUAACUGUAACUGAACCUUAUGUUUAGUAGGAAACUUGAAAUCGGCAAGCAGGACUUGCUAGACACAUUAUUUGAGAUAAAGAACAACAACAUUCUGAGUGUCAAGAAAAAAUAUAAUUUCCCAAAUGAAACGACAAUAAAGGUCCACACGUGGCUACAAUUCCAAAGGAGAGAUAAGGUUUCAAAGCAUAAUAUAUUUAUACGAGUUUUUAGCAUGCCUGAAACUAGUGGGAUGUUGAAAUCAAAAAAUUGUUAUGUAGACUAAUGUUAUAGUUUUUUUACAUGGCCUAAACUUAGCUGAAAUUUUCAGUAUGCACCAACAAGAGAAAAAAGGUUUCAAUCGUCAUUGCACUUUUUUGUACAUUUCUAAUGCAUAUAUCGUCGCCUAAAAUCGUCGAAUGCUGUAAUCAUUCAUACCGUACUACUCAAAACUCUUUUAUAACUGUUGAAGUAUUAAUUGUACUUAGUGUAGAAUGACACAUUAAUUACUGCACGUUUUAAUGAUAUAAUAUACAAAUACCAAAAAAACCAAGGCAUACGGUAUGAAUAUUUCUAUAAAAAAACUCAUUCGUUUCACAUAAAGCGGAUUGUCAAUAUUUCCCUCAGAAAACAUGUAAUCAUGUACAGAUCAUUUAUACAACCUUUACGAUGUUUUUAAUUUUCUAAAGGGAAACAUGGCGUUUUUGCAAUGUUUCUAUAAAUGUAGUGAAUAUUCCAAGGACUAAAACCGAAGGUUCAACUUACUAGCUGAAGAUAAAAUAUAAAUGUUCAAAAUACCUGAAGGGAUAACACAUAGCCCUGAGGCAGAGAAAUAUAUAUUUAGCUAAUAUAUAAAAAAUAUUGGCAUAAUCCGAACGCGUAACGUUAGAUAAUCGAUAAUUUAUUUAUAAAUAAAAAUGAACAAUUAUACAGGAGAUCGUUAAGCUGCAUACGAACAAUGGAAGUUGUAUAAUGUAUGUAAUUAUUAAUAAAAGAAAA